AUGAGGUGCCUCAUUGCUGUUUUGGUGUGUGCCGUGCUCGCCGAGGGCCUUGUCAAGGUCCCCUUAGUGAAGCACAAAUCUAUGCGCGAGGCCCUGAGAGAGAAGGGAAUCGAACUGCCCUACCAAGACCCAGCUCUCAAGUACCAGCCGGUUCAGCUCGCCCGCUCCACCAACAUGUACAUCAACAACUACGCCGAUACCACUUACUAUGGGCCCAUCAGCAUCGGAACACCACCCCAGUCCUUCCAAGUGCUCUUUGACACCGGUUCAUCCAACCUGUGGGUUGACUCCAUCUACUGCAACACUCAGGCCUGCAACACACACAAAAAGUUCAACCCCCAGCAGUCUUCCACCUACUCUGUCAACGGCAAGAGAUUCUACCUGCCCUAUGGAGCUGGAAGUCUCUAUGGAGUCUUUGGAUAUGACACUGUCAGCGUUAGCGGCAUUGUGAUCAACAACCAGGAGAUUGGUCUGAGCACAGAUGAGCCAGGUGAGAACUUUGUGGUGGCCAAGUUUGACGGCAUCCUCGGCCUGUCCUACCCAAGCAUCUCAGCUGGAGGGGAGACCCCCGUCAUGGACAACAUGAUCUCCCAGAAACUCCUGCAGACAGACAUCUUCUCUUUCUACCUCUCCAGUGAUGAACAACAGGGCAGCGAGCUGGCCUUCGGAGGAGUAGACAGCACCAAGUUCGAGGGUCAGAUCCACUGGACCCCCGUCACCUCUGAGACCUACUGGCAGAUCGGCGUUGAAAAAUUCCAGAUCCAGGGCCAGGACACAGGCUUGUGCUCCCGUGGCUGCCAGGCCGUUGUGGACACUGGAACGUCCAUGCUGACUGCCCCAUCACAGAUCCUGGGACGCAUCCUGCAAGCUAUUGGAGCCGAAAGGAACCAGUAUGGAAUGUACAUGGUGGACUGCAACCAGGUAUACAAUAUGCCAACUCUCAACUUCGUCAUCAGUGGAGUUUCCUUGCCUCUGGCUCCCUCUGCCUACAUCUUGCAGUCCUACCAGAACGGCAACACGUUCUGCAGCGUUGGCAUCACUCCCACCUACCUGCCCUCAUAUAACGGCCAGCCCCUGUGGAUCUUUGGAGACGUGUUCCUCAGAGAGUACUUCUCCGUCUACGACCGCACCAACAACCGAGUUGGCUUCGCCACGGCUGUGUAAGCAUCACCGCUGGAAGCUGAACGUGACCCAAACCCUGUCCGGAUAAUCACCACCGUCUUCUUGUCACAUCCACAUCAUGUCAUAUAUACUGACAUGUCUUUUACUCAUCAUCUGUCAAUCAUGUAGUAAAGAAAACCUUCUCGCAGCAUUUCUGGACUCUGUGGAAACGAAUUCUCUGCCGUCAAAACCAAACCUGCUCUCUUGAUAGCGUUUAUCAAGGCAGCCCGGGGGCCACGCUGAAUGCUGCCUAAGGAUCAGGUAUCGCCAGGAAGGG